AUGAGAUUACUCUAACUCCCCAUCGAAAACAAACACAAUACCUAACUAACAUCUUGCAGUCAUUCAGAUAGUAGUUUGAAAUCAAAGAUCAACAUACUCCAGAACAUCCCAUCCCAAUUUUAGAGUGAAAUCGAUUUAGCCUAGUAAUUUGAUGCUAAAUUAGAAGUAAAAAGUGAAUCUAAAAAAAUUAGCAAAGAAGCCUAAAGGUCAUCUAUCAAGAAGAAAUUGAGGUAGUUUAUCAAGAUUUAACUUAGCAAACGCCUAGCAUCUAUGAGGAGGUGCCCCAGUUCCACUACUAGCAUGGAUACUGAAGACACUUACAGCUCAAACUCCCUUAAUAUGGAUCAUCAAUCACAAUUUUUACCCUCAAUUUUAAAUGAUCUCGUAGUUAUGAAUGCCAUCACAAUAAAGAACUUCAAUGAGAGUCAAGCCAAAUAGGUGAUGAUAGAUGCAGUACUAAGAAUAUUCAAAAGCUAUAGUAUCACAUUGCCAACUCUCUUUUUGAUCAUCUAAAACAUUCACAGAUAUCUUUAGUCAAUAAAAACACAACUUUGUUGGGAUAUUAAUAUAAAAACUAUUGAAGACUUCAGACUCUCUGCUUUGAUUAUAUUGAAUUUAUCAACAAAAUACAGCGACAGAGUAGCUUUUAAGAUAACAGACCUCGCCAAAAAACUGAAUCUUUAUAACUUCCCAGGCGGUCAAUUCCCAUCAGCAGAAGAGUUAAGGAUGAGUGAGUGCAUGAUUAUGAAGUCAUUAGACUUUAAAAUUGGUGCAGGCCAAGCAAGCAUCUUCGAUUACAUAAUUCAGACAUUAAAACGUUUCGAACACUAUUCGACAGUAAAAGGCUAAGUAUUCGAAACAAGAUAAAUAAGCUCACUCAAAGCAAAAGCAAUUAAUGUUGCUCUUCACUAUUUAAAGAACUUAGAUGUAACUCAGUAAAUAGCCAAUGAGAGUGUUGCUUGUUCAGCUUUAUUUCUUGCCAUUAAGCUAGAAGAGAAAAAAAGUGGUGUCCUCAUGGUAAAUACCGAAGUCUUUUAAUUACUGAUGCCAGAAAAUUCAAGACCGGAAAAUUCAUUCUUGUUCGCUUAGAUAACAAAAGAGAUGCUUUAGAUUGUAUAAGAUAUAUCAAAGUAAGAGCAGUGA